GUUGCUCUUCGGACGCUGAGCUGCAGCUUUACUCCAUCAUCUCUAGUAAACAUUAGGUUCCAAUAAUAUAUAUAUCACAUUUAACCAAACAAUUGAUUCCUGCUCAGCGAUUUGAUUCUUCUCUACCGAAGAAACAUCAUUUAUUUCCACCAGCGUCAGAAAAAGGAUCAACAGACAUGUUCUACACUUGUGGUCCCAAUGAAGCCAUGGUGGUGUCAGGUUUCUGCCGUUCUCCUCCGGUGAUGAUCCCUGGAGGCCGAGUGUUUGUCAUCCCCUGCAUUCAAAAGAUACAGAGGAUUUCUCUGAACACUCUGACUCUGAAUGUGAAGAGCGAUAAGGUCUACACCCGCCACGGGGUGCCCAUCUCUGUAACUGGGAUCGCUCAGAUGAAGAUCCAAGGCCAGAACAAGCAGAUGCUGGCUGCAGCCUGUCAGAUGUUCAUGGGGAAGUCUGAGGCUGAAAUCGCUCAGAUCGCCCUGGAGACGCUGGAAGGACACCAGCGGGCCAUCAUCGCCCACCUGACUGUGGAGGAGAUCUACAAGGACAGGAAGAAGUUCUCAGAGCAGGUUUUUAAGGUGGCGUCCUCUGAUCUGCUCAACAUGGGGAUCAGCGUGGUCAGCUACACCCUGAAGGACGUCCACGAUGAUCAGGAUUAUCUGCACUCGCUGGGAAAAGCUCGAACCGCUCAGGUGCAGAAGGACGCCCGCAUUGGAGAAGCUCAGAACAAGAGAGACGCAGUGAUCAGGGAGGCUCACGCUAUGCAGGUAAAGAUCUCAGCUCAGUACAAGAACGAGAUCGACAUGGCGAAGGCCCAGCGGGACUACGAGCUGAAGAAGGCGACCUACGACAUGGAAGUGAACACCAAGAAGGCCGAGUCAGAGAUGGCGUAUCAGCUUCAGGUUGCGAAGACGAAGCAACGCAUCGAGGAGGAGACGAUGCAGGUCCAGGUGGUGGAGCGGACGCAGCAGAUCAUGCUGCAGGAGCAGGAGAUCAUCCGCAGGGAGAAGGAGCUUGAGGCCAAGGUGAAGAAACCUGCAGAGGCUGAGCGGUACCGUCUGGAGAAGCUGGCCGAGGCUCAGCGUAUGAAGAUGAUCAUGGAGGCAGAGGCUGAAGCUGAGUCUAUAAGGAUUAAAGGUGAGGCCGAGGCGUUCGCUGUCGAGGCGAAGGGUCGUGCCGAGGCGGAGCAGAUGGCGAAGAAGGCCGAGGCCUUCAGCCAGUAUAAAGAUGGAGCCAUGGUGGACAUGCUGCUGGAGAAACUGCCUCUGAUGGCAGAGGAGAUCAGCAGGCCUCUGUGUGAGGCCAACAAAGUGACCAUGGUGUCCAGUGGAGGAGAUGUAGGAGCAGCCAAGCUGUCUGGAGAGGUUCUGGAAAUCAUGACUCGCCUCCCUGCAGCAGUGGAGAAACUGACCGGAGUCAACAUCUCUCAGGUUACUUCUCGGACAGGCUGAAGGGAAUCAAACCGAUGACCUUGCUUACAGAUCUGAUUUCUGUCUGUCUGCAUCUGUCUUGAUCCCCUACUCUGAUCCUCUGUAGCUCCAUCCCUCCUGGUUUAUCAUGUUGAUCAUUUAGGAAACUUUUUUUCCCCCUGUAUAUUAUGGUUAAUGAUGUCGAGCUUUAUCUGAGAUAAAUGAUUAAACUACUGGCAUCACAUUUAUAGCUGAUGUUUAUGGUUUAAGUGGCAAAUGGUGCAAACUUCCUUCACUGUGUUAAAGUCUGUAACUACCCUUUACUUUGUUAGAUUACAGAAUCCAGACACUUUAGUGGUCUGUUCAGGUGUUUGCAGCACUAAAAAUUACUUUUUUAGUCAUUUCUAGAAGAGUUUAAAGCUGUUAAACCUUUAGUUUUUAUUUUUGUGGAUGAUUCAUGGUGAAAGGAGAAUGAUUAAUCUGUAAAUGUUUAGAUAUUAGACUGAAAAAGAGUCAAAGAAAACUGCAGAAAUCCAAAGAAGAACCUUCAGAAGGUUGAUGAAGACGGUUCUAAGGUCUGUUUGCUCAUAAAUGGAACUUAUAGAAAUAAAGGGUAGCUCAGACUUUUUCACAGGGCUGUUUUACUGCUUUAUUUUCAGAGGGUUAUGUUUACAGCACGUCUUUUUAUAUGUUUACCAUCUUAAUAUGCAAUUUUUUUUCUCUCUUCUGUCAAACACUUUUAUCAUGAUAGAUUUAAUCUAAUUGCAGAUUUUAUUGUUCUUUUCUGAUUAAUCGAUCUUUGUGAUGAAGGAAUACUCAACAAAUGUAGCUCAUUAAAGUUCUGUUUUUUUAAGAUUCUUUUCUUUCUUUCAUUUUCUGCCACUUGCUUGUUUUUCGGCCCCCUCUAUGUGCUUAAACCAGGCCUGUGUGUGUUUACCUCUAACACUGCCCCCCCUCCCUGUCUACUGCCUUGCUGCCAAACCUUAAGUGCAUCUUAGCAUGGACGUCUCAUACUAACAUGAAAACAUCCUCUUCUCAAUUUCAGCUGUUUUUUUUUAAUCUUUUCUCUGAUGGUCAGAAUUAUUUAUUUACUCAUUUAAGUUUUUCCGAAAGUUAAACAGAAAUGUUCAAGUCAGUCUGUAAUCAUUUGUGAUCUGUUUGCUUUUUGUUCUUUAUUUGUUUGAAUAAGUUCCUCCAGGUUCACCGAAGCUUCAAAUGAAAACUCUGCACUUUCAAUCAGACUUUAUACGAUGCAAAUAUCGUAUUCUCUGCAAGAUUUUUCCUGCCACCAGACAUUUGAUGAGAAACUCUGUAAUAAUCAGGAACAUUACCUUAAUGUUUUCCUUUAAUGUAGAUGUUAUUUGUUCAAAACCAUUAUUAAAGAAGCAUUUUAUAGUUCAGGAAAUUCAUUUCUCGUUUCAAAAAUCAAACAGAAAAAAUGAAAGGUUGUCAGAAACAUCGGUACUUAAAAAACUUAAAAAAGAAUCAAUGCUCAAAAGCUGUUUCUGGAUAUAACAAUAAUUAGAAGUGAUGUUUUAACUAAAUAGGUGAUUUUUGCAUAUUUUAGCUAUAUAUUGUUAAUUUUAGAUUCCUGGAUUAUUUGCAGAUUAUUAAAUAAUACCCAAGACAACCUUAAAAUGUUAUCAAAUAGUUUUAUGUCGGAGUUAUUUAUAUUUCAAUUUUUUGCACUGUUAUUGAACAUUGAUUCAGUGAUUUUGAGAGUGAGAAAAAGUAAGUUACUCAUAUUGAUAAAAAAUAGUUUUAAUACCUUUAAUUUGUUACAUUUUUCUUUAAUUUAUGGUAUUACAGGGUUGAAUAUUUUCUAAUAUUGUUUAAAACAUAAUUAUGGCGAAAACCCUACAAAUGACUUGGAAUAGGAUUUAUUUACUAAAUGUUUGUGGUUGAGCAACAGAAAUGAAAAAAAACAAAUAGAAAUUUGGACAUGUGAUUUAUAUUUAUUUUUAAGACAUUCAUCAGUUUUUAACUUUUCUGCAGUUUGGUUUAACUAAUCUACAGAACACAAAGGAGGAACUUCUAGUUAAGGUCAAGUUAUUUUGCAGUUCUGAAACAUUUGGAUCCUCACAAACAAAAGAUGCAUUUAUUAAACAUAUGUGAUGUGGAUGUUAGAGCAUUGCAUUGAUAAUUAAAGUUAACUCUGUUAAAAUCACCACAGAGGUGAAGCCCAGACUCUGAAUUAUGAGACUAAAGUGAUAAACCGGUCAUGUGCUGCAGCUUAAUGGGAGAAACCAACAUCUCUUUAAUGAGGAUCUGUAAAUGUUUUCAAUAAUUAGUUUAAAUGAGUUAAAUGAAUAAUGUGUUAUUAUUUAGUGCAUCUACCCCUGGAAAAUCCUGAAACAUCACUUUAGUCAUGACAGAUAAGCUGACAUGCCUUAAAUCAUAAACCUGUCUGACCGUCAGCCUCUACCUCAACUAUAGAACCAGUUGCAUGAAAUACUAAACUAUGUAUGGUCAUCUUUUAAUGCAUUCUCUAAGUUAAAACCUGUUAGCUUCUAGCUCUCUUAAUUUUGCAAUUUUCCUUCCUAUUUAUAUCGUAAAUUUAUGUUUAAAAGAGCUGUAUGCAAAAUGUAUUCCAAAUAUGUCUGCCUCUUUGUCCCUCCCCUCCAGUCCUGACGCCUCUUCUUGUUCUGUGUAAACUUUGCACUGCUGAAUACACUGAAGCCAAACCAAAUCAAAUGGCUCUUCAACUGAAUAUUCUAUUUCUAUGUUGUCGCUUUAGUGCAUGCAUCAACACCUAUAACACUUGAAUUGAACUGUAUUGUAUUCUUAGAAACUAUGUUUAUAGCUAAAACACAGCUGGCAAGCGUCACUGUGGAUUUAAAACGUUUCCUGGAAAUGUUCUUUUGCUUCAUGCUCACAGUUCAGUCGUAUAGAAGAGGCACUAUGUGAGGAUUAUAUGUACUUUAUGCAGAUUAUCUUUGGUACGGUGUCCAUGUAGCAUUGUCUGUUUCACAUGUUGACUUUGGGUAACUCUACUAACUUUAAAGAUAAGCUAUGUGUGAGUAUAAAUGUAAUAAAUCUAUACUGAGUUUAUUUAUGUUCUGGCUUUUUUUGUGAAAAAGAUCAGAUAGAAUCACAAUGGAAAAUAUUAUUGCUGUUUGAGCAUUUCUGGUAUUUUGUGUUUUAAUAAAAUCUACUGUCCUGUAUCCAAAACACUGAAUAAAUUUCUAAAGGAAACACA